ACUUUCUCAGAAGAAGAUGGCCACUGUACAGUUGCAGAGGACUUCCAUGAGCACAUUGGUAUUUCCCAAUAAAAUAUCAACUGAGCAGCAGUCUUUGGUGUUAGUGAAGAGGCUCCUAGCAGUUUCAGUAUCCUGCAUCACGUAUUUGAGAGGAAUAUUUCCAGAGUGUGCUUAUGGAACAAGAUAUCUAGAUGCACUAGCGAUAGAACCCAAAAAGAUGCUAGGGUGCUAUGAUGCUUUACAGAAAAAAUAUCUAAGGAUGGUCAUUUUAGCUGUGUACACCAAUCCAGAAGACCCUCAGACAAUUUCAGAAUAUUACCAGUUUAAAUUCAAGUACACCAAAAAUGGACCAAUAAUGGACUUUGUAAGUAAAAAUCAAAGCAGUGAAUCUAGUAUGUCAUCUGCUGACACCAAGAAAGCAAGUAUUCUCCUCAUUCGAAAGAUUUAUAUUCUAAUGCAAAAUCUGGGACCUUUACCAAAUGAUGUUUGCUUGACCAUGAAACUGUUUUACUAUGAUGAAGUUACACCCCCAGAUUACCAACCUCCUGGUUUUAAGGAUGGUGAUUGUGAAGGACUCAUAUUUGAAGGAGACCCUAUGUACUUAAAUGUAGGAGAAGUCCCAACACCUUUUCAUACCUUCAAAGUAAAAGUGACCACUGAGAAAGAACGAAUGGAAAAUAUUGAUUCAACUAUGAUAUUUUCAAAAGAAUUAAAAACACCUCUUGAGAAAAUGCUGGUGGAUAAAGAUGCAGAAGAUGAACGGGAGCAGUAUAUAAGUGAUGAUUUUGACUUUGAAACUAAAAUGGAAGAACAGAAAAAAAACCCAAGAGCUUCUAAAAUGGGAGAACCAAAUUUAAUUAUUGAGGAAGAUGAAGUUAUGAGGUGUAAAGAAAGUCCAAAUCUUUCAAUUUCUCAUUCUCAGGUUGAGGAGUUAGUCAAUGAAACAUCUGAACUUGAUGUUUCUGAAAGCAAAACACGAAGUGGAAAAGUCUUUCAAAAUAAAAUGGCACAUGGAAACCAACCAGUUAAAUCUAAAGAAACUAGAAAGAGAGCUCAAGCUGCAUCUGGGAAAAGAGUCUUCCAUCACUUUGAUUUUUCUAGUCAAGAGUCUGUGCCAAAAAGGAGAAAGUUCAGUGAACCAAAGGAGCAUGUGUAAAACUACUCUUUCUUCUGCACAUUUGGAAAGUUGUCAUUGUUUAAAGUAAAAAAUGCCAUAUUGCUGUUUUAAGGUGUGUUCUUCCCUUGCUCUGAAAAUUUAUAUGCAGUUUUAAACAGUUCAUACACUAAAAUGAAGUUCUGGGCCAUUAUGUUGUGGUCCUUAAUUUUGCCUAGGAGAAAUUCAAGAAAAUUUUGGAAGAAAACCAA